AUGCCGCCGCGAAAAAUACGCCAACAGACGGAUGACAAUAGUGAUUCUGGUGAUGAAAAGGUGGACGCAGUGCCCUCGCCAGCACCAGUGCUCAUGUCCGGGGAUCAGCUGUCCUCGCUCCUGGCCGCCUUCUCAAAGUCGCAGGCCGAGGCGAACCGACAACUCGUCGAGUCCCUGUGGGCAUCGCAUGGUUUGGGAAGUGGAUCGAAGUUCACCACCCCGAUAGUGUCACCGCCCCCGACGCCAACAAGUAACAUGGCUAAAUGCACCGCGCGUUUUGAUGGCGUCACUCGCGAUCCGGAGGCCGUUGAAGCGUUUAUCGACUCUGUGGAGGUGUACAAGGAGUGUGCGUGCGUCUCUGACGAUAUCGCAUUGCGUGGACUGCCAAUGCUCAUGGAAGGCGAAGCAGCCAUAUGGUGGAGAGGGGUCCGGAAUGAAGUGUCCUCGUGGCCCGACGCUCUCAAAAGGUUACGAGCUAUGUAUGGUGUGCCACGCCCUGCACAUAAAGUUUUUCGUGACGUGUUUUCGUCUGAGCAAGGUGAUGAGCUUGCUGACAGUUUCAUAGUGAGGAUACGUGCUAUGCUGUCCAGAUUGCCGUACCAGCUACCAGAGGAAGCCAGGUUAGACAUAAUCUACGGUCUACUUCAUAAACGGAUAAGGAAAAGACUACCGAGAGAUGGUGUGAGCGACAUAGAAACACUCAUAGAGAAGUCGCGCAUGGUGGAGGAGUCACUUGUGGAGUGCACGGCUGCCCUCAACAUUCCGCCGCAGCCACACAAGUCGUUACCUACGGUGUUCGGCGAACGCAGCUCCGCGCCUGACGUGACAAGUAAUAAUGAAACCUUGUUAGGAAUAGAUUUUAUUUUGAAGGCACGAUUAAUAAUUGAUUUCUCUUCUAUGACUUGGCGCUCGGCUGAUCAGCCCCGGGACAUUCACCCUUUGACAUGUGAAAAUUCACGUGACCCCAUAAGUUGCGCUUCUAUAAACUUGUUGCGCGAGGAUGAAGGCAAAUUCUUAUCGGAGUCGGAAAAGGGGCGUCUGGUGAAUUUACUAGGUGAAUAUACUGAUGUUUUCGAGGAAGUCGGUGAGCCGACUCCUUUUUCAGAGCAUCGGAUCGACACCGGCGACCACCCUCCUAUCGCUGUACCUCCGUAUCGUGUCACGCCGGCGAGGAAAGAGGUAAUGCGCGCCGAGCUCGACAAGAUGCUAGCAGAGGACGUGAUCGAGGAAUGUGAGUCUGCGUGGUCCGCGCCGUGUGUCUUGGUGCCGAAACCUAACGGUACGUAUAGGUUUUGUGUUGAUUAUAGGAAACUGAAUGCGGUCACCAAGACCGAUUCCUAUCCCAUGCCUCGAAUUGAUGAACUUCUUCAGUCUACCAAUGGAGGUUGCGUUAUGAGCUCGUUGGAUCUUCGGAGCGGGUACUGGCAGGUUCAAACCCUGGACAGAGACAAAACUGCUUUUAGUACACCCUUUGGUACCUUUCGUUUUAAGCGUAUGCCUUUUGGCUUGAAGAACGCACCGGCAACCUUUCAGAGACUGAUUGAUCGGUUUCGAUCGGGCUCUUCUCUCCAGGAGGUAGCUAUCCUGGCGUAUCUCGACGAUAUUUUAGUGAUAUCAGAAAAUAUUGAUAAGCAUUUUUCAGAUCUCCGUGCGGUGUUUGACCGGCUCCGCGUGUUCAAGCUGCGAGCCAAUAGGGACAAAUGCGCUUUUGCCCGGGAGCAAGUCAAAUACCUUGGUCACGUGAUCUCGAGGUCAGGUAUAUCUCCGGACAGGGACAAGGUAAGCGCUGUGUUGGACAUGAAGGAACCUACAUGUCUUCGACAACUUCGUACUUUUCUCCAGACGUGCUCGUGGUUUCGUAAGUUCAUCCCGAACUUUGCGAAGGUAGCCGAACCACUCACACGAUUGACCAAAAAGAGUCAGCCUUGGAUUUGGGGCCUGGAGCAGGAUGAUGCCUUCAAAUCUCUUAAGAGGCUACUGACGACAUCUCCGAUUUUGGUACAGGCAGACUAUACUAACCCUUUCAUCCUUAGGACUGACGCGAGUGAUUAUGCUCUAGGUGCAUGUUUGCUCCAGGGGGAGUCAUCCAAUGAUGAGCGUCCCAUUGAGUACGCCAGUCGUCUUCUGACAUCGGCGGAGCGCAACUAUUCGACGACCGAACGGGAGGCGCUCGCUGUCGUCUGGGCUGUGGAGCGAUUCCGAGGCUACAUCGAUGGACAUCAGGUGCACGUUCGUAGUGACCAUCAGCCCCUGAAAUGGUUGUUUUCAGUAAAGUCACCGAGCGGCAGGUUAGUUCGCUGGGCUAUGAAGCUUCAAGCUUACGAUUUGCAAAUUGAGUACACCCCAGGAAAAGUUAAUGUGAUAGCCGACACGCUUAGCCGCCCAGUGACCGAGCUCAACUCGCCACCGGACUGUGGAAUCUGUCCCGUUAUCGUCGAUGUGCCCCACUGGGAUGCCGCUUCGACCCGGGACGCUCAGAUGGCUGAUCCGGAAAUUUCCAAGAUCAUCAUUGAUUUGGAAGGGACCGAUGAAUUAUCUGUUAAUAGAUGGUCUGAACGAGGCUAUCUCCUAACUCAAGGCGUUCUAUACCGCUACGCCGAAGAUUCUGAGUCCGAGGAACCUCAGCUAGUCGUACCAGAGAGCUUGCGUGGCAAGGUCAUGUUCGAGUGUCAUGACUCGCCCACAGCCGCUCACGGGGGGAUUCAAAGGACCAUUCAUCGUAUCUCCCAACAAUUCUAUUUUCCAGGUUUGAGACGCUAUGUUACUGAGUAUUUGAAAACGUGUAUAGAGUGCCAGCGGUACAAGCCGUCUAACUUUAAGCCAGCGGGACUACUCCAGACUCCAGUUCCAGCUCAGCGGUUUGAAGUUAUUGCAGUGGACCUUUUCGGGCCUUUACCCAAAGGACCCUGCGGUGAGAGGUGGAUCCUGAUAGUCGAAGACACCGCCAGUAAGUGGGUUGAGCUGUUCGCUCUCAUUGAUGCCACUGCCGAGGUUUGUGCAAAAACCCUCGUUAAUGAAGUCUUUAUGAGAUUCGGAGUGCCUCGCCGGAUGAUUUCCGACAACGGAGUUCAAUUUGUGGCCGAUGUCAUGCAAAAGGCUAUGUUUGUUUUAGGGGUAAAACAAAAUCUCAUUCCUCUUUAUCAUCCCGAAGCCAAUCCGGUUGAGCGGAAGAAUCGGGACUUAAAGGCUCAUCUUGCCAUAUUGCUUGAAGGCCGUCACCAGCAGUGGCCUGAGGUACUGUCGUUCGUCCGAUUUGCUUUUAAUAGUUCCGUCUGCACGUCAACCGAGCAAACGCCAGCUUAUCUUACCUUUGGUCGUGAGCUCCGAUCUCCAAUAUCCGCUCAGCUUGAUCUUCGCGCCGUCGUAGAGUCCGAGAACUUUGUUCCCCAGAUAAGCCCAUAUUUGUCCAAGCUUGCCGAGACCAUCUCGACCGCUAAGGAGAAUAUUGAACAUCAUCAAGAUAUUCAAAAGACGCGCGCUGAUCUAAGGCGCUCUGAACCUUACCAGUUUGCAGAAGGGGAUCUCGUAUUGAUGAAGACCCACGUACUUAGUAAUGCUAGUAAGGGUAUUACGUCGAAGUUUAAUCCUAAGCGGGAUGGGCCAUAUGUGAUUUCAAAAAAGGUGAGUCCUACUUCCUACCUUCUAGCAUACGAGUCGUCGGGCGAAGUUUUUGGUAAGUAUCAUGUCUCGGAUUUGCGACCUUAUCAUGCGAGGGAGGAUGUAUGUCCCGAGCCUGUGAUUCCCAAGCGCCGCCGGGGUCGACCGCGUAGGGUGGUGGAGUAG